GCUGAUAAAAACACAGCCUGGAUGUUUUAGUGGCAGUCACAAGAAAGUCAGUGUGGAAAAUAUUUUGCGACAGUUUAAUUCCAUGCGGCUUUGCUGUGAGAGUCUCCCACUAAACCGUCCAAUUAAGCAAUUUUAAACAUUAUACCUACACCUCAUAUUGCAAGGGAGAGCGAUCGUUUACUUUGAAUCUCCGUUGCCGGCAAGGAUUAGCGCGUGAGUGAGAUGGCAAGUGGAAAAUUGGUGGGAAAACAGGAUGUUGUACUUGUAACGCGAGCAGAAUGCGUGGAAAUUGUCAGUCAAACGCUAAAUUUGGAUAGAGUACACGUCAUUGAUUAUUCCAUUGAGGCGGCAAGUGAUGAAAUUCUUGGAUUCCUGGGCGAGUACUUCAGAUUAGUGAUUACGAUUGAAGAAAAUUCUACUGAGAAGAAGUUCUAUUAUUUUUUGAAAGCUCUACCAACGGAUAAAGAUCAAAGGGAACUCAUUGAACGUAUUGGCUUGUUUCACAAGGAAGUUCAGCUCUAUUCGAUUCUUCUGCCUAAACUUAAAUGGAACACAGGAUCUUCAAAAUGGCGCCCAAAUUGUUACUUAUCCCGCUACGAUCUCCUGAUUAUGGAGGAAUUGGGACACUUGGGGUACGGACAUGUACCAGAUCGCAUGGAAUUCACGGAGAAACACAUGCAGGAGACGCUAAAGUGCCUUGCAAGGAUGCAUGCAUCGAGUUUGGAAUUUGAGAUUAAUCACUGCGAAAAUACUCGAAUUGAUGCAAUUUUCGGCAGCCUCCUCUUUGAAUCUCAACUCACGGGGAAAAAUACGUGGUUUAAGGCUGGCCUGAAUGUCAUUGAAGCCUUUGCCAAGCAUAAAUCAACCUUCAAGGAUCAUCCAUCCAUUCGUGAUGAUCCGAAUAAAUUGAUGGAAAUGAUGGAGAAAGUUUACGAGUUCAGUGAAUCCACGAGGGAAUUUCAGAAUGUUCUGUGCCAUCGAGAUCUCUGGAGUAAGAACAUCAUGUUUCAAUUCCCAAAGCUCGAGGGAAACCCACAAGAACUCGACUAUGCUAAUCCUCAGCAUUGCCUCCUGAUGGACUUUCAAAUCUGCCGCUACCAACCACCAGCUGUGGAUGUUCUCCUCACAAUCUUCUUCAAUACUCGACGUCAGCAUCGUAAUGAGCACAUGCAGAUGUACCUGAAAUUCUACUAUGAUUUCCUCAAGCAAGAGCUAAAGAAGUACGACAUUGAUGCAUCCAUAAAGCUUCCAUGGGAGGAAUUUACGAGGAGCUGCAAACACUACGCCCUAAUGCCGCUAAUUUUCAACUGCAUCUUCGUCCCACUCACCCACCUAGCUCCUGGCAUUCUAACGCAAAUCCAGAAGACUGACCCUGAGAGGUACCACGUCAUCUGCAACACCGAUCGAAAUGAAUUUGUCCUACAGAACAUGGAUCUGGAUGACUUCUACCGGGACUACGUGACGGAGGUUAUGGAGGAACUUCUUCAGCAUUUACUCACAUAAUCAGACUAAUCAGGCAUAAAUCUUCAUCACAUGCACGCAUGCAGUGAUUACCCAAUUGGGGGUAUUUUAGCAAACAUAUAACCGCGUAUGGCUGUAAUUAGUACAGAAAUAAAUUCUUGCAUUUGUCA